ACAAUAUGAUAUCAAGCAAAAAUUUUCCCGCUUAAAGUUCUAUAUAUAUUUAGUAUUUAACAACAUACAUAAAUAUAUUAGUAAAUAUGAUAGAUCUACUAUGCUUAGAAAUAUUUGCUAAUCAUAAAAAAGUAUAGAAAAGGAUCACUUUUGUAAACUAAACAAAAAAAAUAACUCUAGUUUAAUUGUUUUAUUCUAUUAAAGUUAAAGGAAUAUAUUGUUAUUCGUUUAGUAAUUCAAAUCAUGGAUGAUAUGGACGUGGACAAUUCAUCACAAAAAGUUAAUUCUAAUGUUGAUGUCAUUGAUCCUAUGGAAGGCUCAUCAAAUACAAAUGGAAUGUCAGUUCAUGAUAUAUCACUAACUAGUACAAUAAAAAGUGAUUUGAAUACUCCAUGGAUUGAAAAGUAUCGACCUAAAACAUUCAUGGACAUAGUGGGAAAUGAAGAAACUGUGUUGCGUUUAGAGAAGUUUUCAACUUGUGGAAAUGUUCCAAACAUCAUCAUUGCUGGUCCUCCAGGUGUAGGUAAAACUACAACUAUUCUAGCUUUAGCUAGAAUACUAUUAGGUAGUUCAUUUAAAGAAGCUGUACUUGAAUUAAAUGCAUCAAAUGAUCGUGGUAUAGAUACUGUAAGAAAUAAAAUUAAAAUGUUUGCCCAGCAAAAAGUAACAUUACCACCAGGAAGACACAAAAUAAUUAUUUUAGAUGAAGCUGAUAGUAUGACUGAUGGAGCUCAACAAGCUCUUAGACGUACAAUGGAAUUAUGGAGUAAUACAACAAGGUUUGCGCUUGCUUGCAACAACAGUGAUAAAAUAAUUGAAGCUAUUCAAUCUCGUUGUGCUAUGUUACGGUAUGGAAAACUUUCUGACCAAGAAGUGAUGACUCAAUUAGUUAAAAUUUGCAAAGCAGAAGAGGUUUCAUAUAGUGCAGAUGGCUUGGAAGCAGUUGUAUUUACAGCUCAAGGAGAUAUGCGACAAGCAUUAAAUAAUUUACAAUCGACAUGGAAUGGAUUUAGACAUGUUGAUAGUGCUAAUGUUUUUAAGGUAUGCGAUGAACCACAUCCUCUACUAGUCAAAGAAAUGUUACUUGAAUGUGUAGAUCAAAAUAUUUCUAAAGCAUAUAAGAUCAUGGCUCAUUUAUGGAGAUUAGGCUAUGCCCCAGAAGAUAUUAUUACAAAUAUUUUUAGAGUUGCCAAACAUUUAGAAAUUAAAGAGUCAUUAAAAUUAAAGUUUGUUCAGGAAAUUGGUAUGGUGCAUGUAAGAAUAGUAGAAGGAAUGAAUUCAUUAUUACAACUGUCUGGAUUAUUGGCAAAAUUAUGCAGGGUAGCUUCAAAAUGUGAAAAAUAAAAGUUGUUGAAAAAUCAUCAUUUUUUGUUUUUUUAAUUAUUAUUAAUUAUAACUUUUUACUAUUA